UUUAUUUUCGGCUGUCUAAUAAUCGCAUCGAAUUUCAUAUUCCUACCAACCAUAUACAAUGCAGAAUAUGCGUUCACGACAAUUGUAACACGAAUCAUUGAAAUUUGUCAAGCGGUGCUGGGUAGCUUUGCAAUUUUUUCGAUUUUACUCUAUUAUUGUAUAAAUGAAUCAACUUUUCUAAAAAUUGGAAAUUAUUUGAUUCAUCUUGAGGGUGCUUUAUGCCGGUUAAAACAACCACUGAAUUGGAAACACAUCUCUUACGUUUUGUCCUUUGUGUAUUUCUUUAAUUUCAGUUUAUUUGUUUCUGUUUUUGUUACCGAUAUCAUAUCCUUUAACAGUCCUGUUUCAUCCUUCGGAUCUAUUUUGCCUGCAAUUCUUGUGAGUUUUUGUUUUAUUCAAUAUUUUUCCGCGCUUAGUUUGACGAAUGCAAUUUCUAUAAACAUAAAUUGCGCUAUACAAGAUUUUUAUCGGUCUAAGUUUGGUGAUAUUACACUUAACACUUUAUUUGAGACUCGACAUGUGUUUGUUAGCUAUUCAAAGAUUCAUCUUGUUGUUCGAAUUCGAGACGUUCACGGUCAGCUUUGUGACAUUACCAAUGAAAUUUCACGAUUUUAUUCUUUGCCCAUCCUGAUUACACUCUCUCUUAUAUUCUACAUAUUAUUGUACAACGUUUACUACCUUUUUGAACCAAUCACGGUUCGGAAUGUAGGCGUGGAUUAUGUGAUUAUAGUAAAUACCUUGCUCUGGAUAAUUUCUAUGCUGUAUCCUCUUGGUUUAUUAACUUCCAAAGCGGCCAAAGUUACAAACGAGAUCGAAAAAGCUGAGAAUCUCGUACACGCGUUGUUGAAUUGCACGAUUGACCGACAAAUAAAAGUCGAGCUCGAACAAUUUUCACUUCAGCUGUUGCAUCGGGAAAUAAAGUUUGCAGCGAACCAAUAUUUCACAUUAAACAAUACGCUUUUUCAAUCGAUGAGCAAAGAAUACUUAAUUGAUUUAAUUUCUGCUAGAAUAUAG